GCCCACUCUAACUCUCACUCGAUAUUCAAGUAAUUCGAAUUUAGCCGAUCUGAGCGAGGGUUAUAUCACCGAAUCGCCAUCAAUGAGGAAGUGGACGAUCCCUUCCGUGCUUUUUCUGUUAUGUCUGCUGUUUCUUCUUCCAGAUCAAGGUAGGAAAAUACAGGCAAAUGCGGAGGAGAAUUCCGAUGCGCCUGUAGAUCCGCCUAAGGUGGAAGAGAAGAUCGCCGGCGUUUCACACGGACUGUCUACGGAUUCUGAUGUCGUCCAGAGAGAAGCUGAGUCGAUGUCGAGGAAAUCGCUCCGUGCGAAUGCGGAGAAGUUCGAGUUCCAGGCCGAGGUGUCACGGCUGAUGGACAUUAUUAUCAACUCGCUUUACAGCAAUAAGGAUAUUUUCUUGAGGGAGUUGAUUUCCAAUGCGUCUGAUGCGCUGGACAAGAUUAGGUUCCUCUCACUCACUGACAAAGAAGUUUUGGGUGAAGGUGACAAUACAAAGCUCGAAAUUCAGAUCAAAUUGGAUAAGGAAAAGAAGAUACUUUCUAUCCGUGAUAGAGGUAUUGGAAUGACAAAGGAGGAUUUGAUCAAGAAUUUGGGAACCAUUGCUAAGUCUGGCACGUCAGCAUUUGUUGAAAAAAUGCAGACAAGUGGUGAUCUGAACCUUAUUGGGCAGUUUGGUGUUGGAUUUUACUCGGUAUAUCUUGUGGCAGACUACGUUGAAGUAAUCAGCAAACAUAAUGAUGAUAAACAGUAUGUAUGGGAGUCGAAGGCUGAUGGAGCUUUUGCCAUUUCAGAAGAUAACUGGAAUGAGCCACUUGGCAGGGGAACUGAAAUUAGGUUACAUCUCAGAGAUGAAGCUCAGGAAUACUUGGAUGAAUUCAAGUUGAAGGAAUUGGUGAAAAAAUACUCUGAAUUUAUUAACUUCCCCAUAUACCUCUGGGCUAGCAAAGAAGUUGAUGAGGAGGUUCCUGCCGAUGAAGAUGAGUCUAGUGAUGAGGAGGAAGCAACCGACAAAUCUUCUGAAGAAAGUGAGGAAGAAGAUGAGAAAGAAGAGGAUGAGGAAAAGAAGCCAAAGACAAAGACAGUCAAGAAAACAACAUAUGAAUGGGAACUGUUGAACGAUAUGAAGGCUAUAUGGCUUCGGAGUCCAAAGGAGGUGACAGAGGAAGAAUAUAUUAAGUUCUAUCACUCUUUGGCCAAGGACUUUGGUGAUGAGAAGCCUAUGUCGUGGAGCCACUUUACCGCUGAAGGUGAUGUCGAGUUCAAGGCUGUGCUGUUUGUCCCGCCCAAGGCUCCUCACGAUUUGUAUGAAAGCUACUACAAUUCAAACAAAUCCAACUUAAAAUUAUACGUCAGGCGGGUCUUCAUCUCCGAUGAAUUCGAUGAGCUUCUCCCCAAGUAUUUGAACUUCUUGAGGGGUCUUGUUGAUUCCGACACAUUACCCCUGAAUGUUUCGAGAGAAAUGCUUCAACAGCACAACAGCUUGAAAACGAUCAAAAAGAAACUCAUCCGCAAGGCCCUUGAUAUGAUCCGGAAGCUUGCUGAAGAGGACCCUGAUGAAUCGAACACAGAUAAGAAAGACGUUGAAGAGUCUGACGAGAGCAACGAGAAGAAGGGCCAAUAUGCCAAAUUCUGGAACGAAUUCGGCAAAUCAAUUAAGCUUGGUAUCAUCGAGGAUGCAACCAACCGAAACCGUCUGGCAAAACUUCUUCGAUUUGAAACCUCUAAAUCCGAAGGUAAACUAACUUCAUUGGACAAAUACAUCUCGAGAAUGAAAUCCGGACAAAAGGAUAUCUUUUAUAUCACCGGCACGAGCAAGGAACAGUUGGAGAAGUCUCCAUUCCUCGAGAGGCUAACAAAGAAGGGUUACGAGGUUAUUUUCUUCACCGAUCCAGUAGACGAAUACUUGAUGCAAUAUCUGAUGGACUACGAAGACAAGAAGUUCCAAAAUGUAUCGAAAGAGGGGCUGAAGCUCGGAAAGGAUCCUAAAGACAAGGAACUCAAGGAGUCGUUCAAGGAGCUGACUAAAUGGUGGAAGGGCGCUCUCGCCAACGAGAAUGUCGACGAGGUGAAGAUCAGCAACCGUCUGGCCGACACCCCUUGUGUGGUUGUGACCUCAAAAUACGGUUGGAGCGCAAACAUGGAAAGAAUCAUGCAGUCCCAAACCCUAUCGGACGCCAACAAGCAGGCUUACAUGCGCGGGAAGAGGGUCCUCGAGAUCAACCCGCGACACCCCAUCAUCAAGGAGCUCCGCGAGAGAGUUGUCAAAGACCCCGAGGACGUGAGUGUGAAGCAAACAGCCCAACUAAUGUACCAAACAGCGCUUAUGGAGAGCGGGUUUAUGCUGAGCGAUCCCAAGGAUUUUGCGUCUCGGAUUUACAGCUCGGUUAAAAGCAGCCUCAAGAUUAGCCCUGAUGCGACAGUGGAGGAGGAAGAUGACACGGCAGAGGAACAACCCGAAAGUGAAGAGAGCGGGAAGGAAGCAGCAGAAGAGGCUACUGUUGAUGAGGAUCUUAAAGAUGAGUUGUAGGCUUUGGAGGUUGAGGUUUGUUUGCAUAUCCAUACUACCCUGCACUUACUUUCUAAUUUGCUUAGGAAAUGGAAUCUCAAUCCUUUCAAGUGCUGGUAAUGGUGGUGGUAAGAAGUCAGUUUUUGAACUAAUUUCCUCUUUAGAGAGCAACUACUUUGUUUGUUACAUAGAAAUUAUUACGGAAUUCAAAAUUUGAGGAAAUGGUUUAUCCAAGAUACCA